AUGCCAGCAGGCCAUUCUAACUCUAUUUUCGAGAGCAACCGAAGAGCAGCCAGAGAUGGCGAGGCCCUGCUAUGGGGCGCCCUCUGUGACGAGCCUGGCACCGUCAUGGAGUACAUGGAAAAGGACUGUGUCGUCAUGAACCCCCUUAUCCAUCCAGACAAAUCCUUCGAGGCGCUCACGGCAGAGUCGGACCCGUCACUCUCCGAAGCACUGGAAAAGCUGGCACGCUCCAAGCAUCCAUGGACAAGUUACGUGAUGCACAGGCAUGACCCUACACCGGCCACCGCGAAUGUCGAGAUGUUCGCAGUGCAGAUUAUGUACAAGAUGACCUUGAUUCGGGAGGCGAGCCACCAUCACCACCACCGGCAUAGGAAGACGGAGGAAGAGAAUACUAAACCCGAGUUGCAGAAGGUUGAUGCAUUUUGCACGAGUACUUGGAGGCAGGGAUCAAGCGGAGGAUGGAAACUCUGCUCGCAACAGCUGAUACCAGUGUAG